GGGCGUGACGUCACCAAAGCGCGCCGCCGUCGCGGGCGCCCAGUUCUUGGUUCGGCUGAUCGGCCGGUGGCGCCGCCGCCCCUCCGCAGGGGAAGGGAAGCCAUGGCUGAUUACUGGAAAUCUCAGCCCAAGAAAUUCUGUGAUUAUUGCAAGUGCUGGAUAGCAGACAACAAACCGAGCAUCGAUUUCCACGAAAGAGGGAAGAACCACAAGGAAAAUGUGGCGAAGAAAAUUAGCGAGAUUAAGCAGAAAAGCUUGGACAAGGCGAAAGAGGAUGACAAAAGGGCAAAGGAGUUUGCGGCCAUGGAGGAAGCAGCCACAAAGGCCUAUCAAGAAGAUUUGAAAAGGCUCGGAUUGAAGGCAGAACCUGUAGGACAGCCUUCCUUGCCGAUAAAACAGGAAGAAAAGAAGGAGAAAAAGGAGAAAAAAGAAGAGAAAAAAGAAAAGGAGAAAAAAGAAAAGAAGAAAAAAGAAAAACAAACUAAGGGAGUUUCAUCCAAUGAAACAACGGAAUGGGUGCGAGGAUUUUCUCCAGAAGGCUACAUUUAUUAUUACAACACAAAAUCUGGAGAAUCACAGUGGGAGAAGCCAGAAGGAUUUCAGGACACCGCUCAGAAUUCUGAAACGGAAGCAGUUUGGAUAGAAGGGACAGACGACGAAGGCCACACCUAUUACUAUAACACGGAGACUGGAGUGUCAACGUGGGAGAAGCCUGAAGGUUUCGUAUCUUUUUCCAUAAAGAAUAAUCCAGAUGAAAACUCUUCUGAAGAGAUCAGCAAAAACGAAUCACCAAAGAGGAAGACAGGCAGCAAUGAAGAGAAGCCUCGCAAACCCAGAAAGAUCAGCCCUUACGGAGAGUGGCAGGAGGUGAAAUACGAGAAUGCUGACCGCAAGAAGAGCCCAUCUGUUCCAUCCGUAACCUCUUCGUCUCAGAAGCCCCUCUCUUUCGGCAAAUGGGAGGAAAUCACGGAAGAAGAAGCAUAUGAGAAGGUCGACUUGGAGCUUCCAAGUAAGGAGAGCAACAGCGCCCCAGUUGUAGAAAUACCAGACGACGCCAAAGUGAUCUUCAAAGAAAAAACCGUCACUUCCCUCGGCGACACCACGGAAGCGAUGCCGGUUUUCAGAAAGCGGAAAUUUGAAAACGGGAAAUCUCGAAACAUUCGGCAGAGGCUGAGCGAUCACUAACAUCCUGGCUGCAUUGUCAAAAAAAAAAAAAAAAAAAACACUUUUGAGGACAAGAAAACGAAAGGACGCCGGGAAAAGACAGACUGUUUAAACAAUUCCUUCACAAGACACGACUGUAAAAGCCGAUUUUUAGAGCUCAUCGUUUUUCAAACAGUGUCUUGGGUUUAAAAUGUACAUAAUAUUUGUUUUCCUCCCCCAAGUUAUGUUAUUUUAGUUUGUUGGGUUUCUUUUUUCCCCCUUUGUGAGGUCGUGUAAAUAUAUUUUUUAAAUAGCGGGUCAAAGGCGGUUCAGCAUACCUUACAAAGGAGCAUAUUGUUGUGAAUCCUUUUCCAAGAAAAAUAAACGCAGUUACUUGCUUAA